AUGAAUUUCUUCAAAAACCCCGAAAUACCGAUGGAGCUAUACAAAGAGACAGACACAACGAGAAUGAUCGACAAGUACAACAAGUUCUGGUUUCUAUGCUGCUGUCCAGACUUCUGGGUGAAGAAGGUUGAUUACUCCGACUCUUUCACCAGGAUCUACCGACCUUCGAUGCUGGUCAACCAUCUAGUCAUGUUGAUAUUCUGUUCGUCCUGCUUCCUCUCGCUGUGGACCCAGCAUGACCUCACCCAGAGCCAGAACUCUGACAGACUGGCAUACGCAGCAUCCACACCUGUCAUCAUCAUAUUGUACCAUUUCGUAAUUCUAUAUUACACAGAGGAUGUUAAGCAAGUGCUCUACAAACUGGCUGUAGUUCUCAAAGUCGAUCACAAUGAUAAGAAAGCCGAAGAGGAUAUGAUAAAACAAUCCAAGCUGCAUAAUGGUAUAUUUUUCUCGUCUUGUGUCUGCAAUAUGGUGUUCGUUGGACUGAAUAACUUUUAUAGAGCUGUUACCACAGAUGCAACAUUCAUAACAUGUAUAUCAGCGUGGCCGGACAUAGAAGACCGGUCUACUCUGGCAGGUUUGACGAGGGUCGUGGUCUACUUCGUCUGGUUCUCCCACGUCGUCCGAAAUAUGGGCGUGUUCCUCAUCAUACACACGGUACUGUUGCUGCUCAGCCAACAGUACAAGAACCUGCAAAGCUACUUCGAAGAUCUAAACAAGAUAUUCCUUGAAAAUGAACUGACUCAAGAGGAGCAGGAGUUGAAAUUUGAAGUGAGAUUUAAGAAGGGGAUUGAGCAACAUGCGCUUACAUUGUGGUGUGUGGAUGAAACACAACGCAUCUUUCAAAUAACAUUUAGUUCACAUGUGCUGCUUUGGUGUGGCCUGCUCAUCUCCAUCCUUCCUGAUGUGUUGAACAACGACACGCACUCACUGACGAUGCUGGUCUCGAAUGCGCCGAGGGUAUGUGCCGCACUGGUGGGGCUGGGGUACUACAUGUGGCCGGCAGGAGACAUUACUGUCGAGGCGUCAAACGUACCGCAUGCUAUGUACGGGUCUGGCUGGCAGUGCUGCCACGACAGGUCCCCUCGAAUCAGGAAACUGGUCGUCUUAGCCAUGAUGCAAGCACAGCGGUCAAUAGAACUAAAGGCUUUUGGACAUUUUACAUUUUCGUAUGAAACCUACGUAGCGAUUGUCAAGAUGUCCUAUUCCCUCUUUUCUGUGUUGUACUGACUUUUCAACUGAGUUGUAUCGUUGUCUUAAACGGCACUUA